AUCUCCGACUUUGUUUGUAAUGAAAAUGAUGACGCGCGUCGUAUUUUCUGCUGAAGAAAUUGUUCCUGUCGAACAAAACAAGUGCACAGUACAUAGCUUCGCAUGCUCGGUAUAAAUUCGUGUUCUCUUGUUAUCAGUGUUCGUCAUACUUGUUUAAUUUUUCAAGAGAAGGCCAAUGUGAUUAGUGCGGGCGUCCCCAACACACAUUCAUAUUUAUGUAGGUGUGUCAAAAAAGAGAAUCAAGCAGAAAGCCACCGCCUUAACUGCGCAAAGAGACAAAUAAAUAGGUUUUCAGUUGAAUAAGGACACUAUUGAACCUAAUUCCAUUCGACGGACCAACUCUACCAAAAAGUUUGUAAAUUAUGUUGAAGUUUAUUCGAGGAAAGGGUCAGCAGCCCAGCGCGGAAAGACAACGCCUACAAAAGGACCUUUUUGCUUAUCGUAAGACCGCUCAGCAUGGCUUUCCUCAUAAGCCUUCGGCCCUUGCAUAUGACCCUGUCUCAAAACUCAUGGCGAUUGGGACGCAAACAGGUGCCAUAAAAAUUUUUGGUCAACCCGGAGUUGAAUUGUAUGGACAGCAUACGUUGGUGAACAACUCUGCAUCAGAGCUCAAUGUUCAAUUACUUGAAUGGGUUUAUGGAACUGGCCGCAUACUUUCGCUAACGGCCGCCAAUCAAUUAAUACUGUGGGAGCCUUUUGGAACGACAUUGCUUCCAAUUAAAACACUUCAUUUUGACGGAAAACUGAAGAAAGUAUCAUCGUUAUGCUGUUCUUUGAGUAAAGAUUUGUUAUGGAUUGGUACUGAAGGUGGCAACAUCUAUCAACUUGACUUACAUUCAUUCACAAUAAAAGAACCAGUAAUUUACCAUGACGUGGUCCUAGAGCAGGUACCAUCAGCUUACAAGCUAAAUCCCGGUGCAAUUGAGUCUAUUCGCCAGCUUCCAAACGCCCUUAACAAGCUUCUCAUAGCGUACAACCGUGGCCUAUGUGUUUUGUGGGAUUUCGAAACGUCCUCCGUGGAACGAGCAUACAUAGCCCCUGGUCAUGGACAAAGCGUUGGUCUCUCAGUGAAUUUUGGAGGAUCUGAAUUUAGCUGGUAUCACGCUGAUGGUUCUUACGCCACUUGGAGCAUAGAUAACGCCGAGCCGCCAAGCAAUGUUAACUACGUUCCUUACGGUCCUGAUCCUUGCAAGAGCAUAAAUCGUCUAUACAAAGGCAAACAUGGAAACAACGACGUGAUUGUUUUUUCCGGAGGCAUGCCACGUUCAGCAUAUGGUGAUCAUAAUUGCGUUUCCGUACACGUUAACAAUGGAAAGAAUGUUUGUCUUGACUUUACGUCUAAAGUCAUUGAUUUUUUUGUUACUUACAAAAAUAACAGUGAUGUCGCUGAAGUGCUAAUUGUUCUACUUGAAGAGGAACUCUGCGCAUACGAUCUUAAUGACCCCAAUAUUUCUGCAAUUAAAGCUCCCUAUCUGCACUCGGUGCAUGCAUCAGCUGUUACCUGCAAUUACCUUGCCUCUCAAGUGAAACAGUCUGUGUAUGAAAAUAUUUUACGAGCGGGAGAUGAACAGGACAUUGACUACAGCAAUAUUGACUGGCCUAUCACAGGCGGUGCGCUUCCGGAUGACUCAGGAGAAUCUGAUGAAGAGGACACGACGAAGUUGUAUGAAAUUCUGUUAACUGGGCACGAAGAUGGUUCUGUUAAGUUUUGGGAUUGUACUGGAGUGUUGCUUAAACCAAUUUAUAACUUUAAAACUGGCAGUGUUUUUGGGAGUGAACAUGACUUCCGGGAUGAUGCAGCCGCAGAUAUCAGUGCAGAACAACUUGAUGAAGGAGAACCCCCAUUUCGAAAGGCAGGUCUUUUUGAUCCUUACUCCGAUGAUCCUCGAUUGGCAGUGAAGAAAAUAGCACUCUGUCCAAAGACUGGACAGCUGAUUGUUGGAGGCACAGCGGGCCAAAUUGUUAUAGCUGACUUCAAUGACGCCCCCGAAAAGGUUCCUUUAAAAUACUGCUCAAUGAAUUUGGUCAGCGACCGCGAUGGGUUUGUGUGGAAAGGUCACGAUCAGUUAAACGUGCGGCCAAAAUUAUUGGAAAGUGAUGCCAGUCCAAUAACUGUAAAUGGCGUAAAUAUAACGGGAGUGCUGCAGGUUUUGCCUCCAGCCAGCAUUACAUGCAUGGCACUUGAAGCAAAUUGGGGUCUUGUAUCCGGUGGAACUGCUCACGGAUUAGUAUUGUUCGACUUUAGAAACUUUGUUCCAGUAUUUCAUCGCUGCACACUUAAUCCAAAUGACCUCACUGGAGCUGGUGAGCAGCUGUCACGACGUAAGUCAUUUAAAAAAUCAUUACGAGAGUCAUUUAGAAAGCUUCGCAAGGGUCGCUCGACGCGGAACAAUCCCAGCAAUCAGGUGCCCACAACGCUGGAGGCACGGCCAGUUGAAAGACAAAUAGAGGCACGAUGUGCUGACGACGGCCUGGGAUCAAUGGUGCGAUGUUUACUUUUUGCCAAAACUUAUGUUACCAACGUCAACAUAACAUCGCCAACUUUAUGGUCUGCAACAAAUGCUAGUACCGUGUCGGUUUUCCUUUUGCAUUUGCCCCCGGCACAAACCGCUGCAACAUCUGUACCAUCGGCAAGUGGCAACGCUCCUCCACAGACUCCUCGUCGCAUUUCCGCCCAACUUGCUAAAGAAAUUCAAUUAAAACAUCGUGCUCCUGUGGUUGGUAUUUCAAUAUUUGACCAGGCGGGUACCCCUGUCGAUCAGUUAAACGACGGAGAAAACGGCAGUCCACCGCAUCGACUUCUAAUCGCAUCUGAGGAACAGUUUAAAGUGUUUUCACUUCCGCAAUUAAAGCCAAUAAAUAAAUAUAAGCUUACCGCUCACGAAGGUGCUCGAAUUCGUCGAAUCCACUUUGGAUCGUUCCGUUGUCGCAUACCGCCAGAGUUACUACAAAGCCUGCACGGUGGUAGCCCGACUAAAUCAACGCGUUCUCAUGUCGAUGGAGAUGGGUCUGCAAAUAUUAGUGCAAACCAGGCUGCUGGUCGUGGAGAUGAAUAUCACGAAAUUGCAUUGAUUUGCUUAACCAACAUGGGCGAUAUUAUGGUCUUAUCAGUCCCUGAGUUAAAAAGACAGCUGAAUGCCGCUGCUGUCCGACGGGAAGACAUAAAUGGUAUUUCGUCGCUAGGUUUUACAAACUCUGGCGAAGCUCUGUAUAUGAUGUCUUCUUCGGAAUUGCAGCGCAUUGCCUUAGCCACGUCCAAAGUAGUUCAACCCACAGGCAUAGUUGAAGUAGAACCUUUGGAAACCGAAGAAUCCGCACUGGAAGAAAAUGAAGAAGAGAGCAAUAAGGAAACGGACGAAAACGCUGAAGUUUCCAAUUCACUGGAAGUAAAUGAACCACCAACCGCUUCUAUUCGCGCAAAACUUGUUGAGGGCAAUGUUGAAAGAAGUAGUCUUAAUUUAACAAAUGGAAUCAGCAAUAGCAACUCACCCAAUCGCGGCAACGAUACUAUCAGCAGUUCAAUUGGUGAUAUCACCGUUGACUCCGUCCGUGACCAUUUAAAUCUUACGACAACCACGUUGUGUUCUACAACUACAGAGGAGACUGUUGGUCGCCUAUCGGUGCUUAGCACGCAAACAAACAAAGCCACUACUACAGUUAACAUGGACGAAAUUCCGGAUAUUAAUAUUUCCAAUUUAGGUGACCUGGCAUUGAAAAGCAAUACGACCGAAACGAGCACUAGUUCCGUAGUAAUAAAAUCGGUUAUUACAAGCAUAUCCCACGAAAAGACGAAUGGCGAAAGCGAAUUAGGAACGCCAAAAACCACAACGCCUGAAGAAAGCCAAUUUUAACAAUGACAAACAAAUGCGACUUUAAUACUUGCAAAAUUGACCCAAUAUAAACGGUUUAGUCUGUUUUCUUUACUCAUAGUACGCGAAAAGUAGAUUUUAACUGCAAAACCCAAACGUUUUCCUAGUUUAAUAUUUACUUUUUGUCUACUUGUAUUGGAAUCAUAGUGCUAUUAUUCGGACCGCAACUGUUUUUAUUACGCAAUAAGAUGCGUUUUACGUAGUUUCACAGUGACUUUAUACAUGGUUUUUGUGGCAACAAUUGGACCACAGGCAACUAUUGCAUUUUAUAAAACAUUUUACACAUUACAUGUUAUGUUUAGUUAAAAUUAAUUUUAAGUUUCCAUUAUCUACAAUCUGUUUGAGUAAUCAAAUAUUUAAAGAAUUUAGAUUUUUCUUUACGUAUAAUUCUUUUGAAGUUGAUAAAAGGCUGACCAAUUUUUUACAUUACCAUGUAAAAAUUUAGAAAAAAUAUAUUUUUCAUAUAUUAACUAUUUUUGUAUAUAUUUGAAUCCAA